AUUCGUUGUUUCGUUGCUGUUGGAAUAAAACCUCUCACUAAUUUGCCAUAAGGAUUAAUGAAAAUUGAACUUCCUCCUAUUAAUGGAAAAUGUUUUUAUACUACCUUUUUUAUAUAUUUUGUAAAAUACUAUGGAUUACGUGUAUGAAUAUUCAAUCAGAGUGUACAUGGAGGUAUGUAAUCAAUUAGUUAAAAGACAGAUAGAUAGAUAGACAGAUAGGUAACAGCUAUACAUUUGUAUCUCACUAAGUAAUCUUUAUCUUGUCUUUUUAAUAUAAAGUUAUAGAUAAAAUUAACAAUUUUUGACAUUAAUUGAAAAUAGAGGAAAAAGGGAGAUAAAUCUUUAAGAAUAAUGUUUUUCUUAUAUUUGCUUGCUCUUUAAAUAAGUGUUUACAUAUAAAGAGAGAUUUAAGAAAGAGAGAGAGAGAGAGAGAGAGAGAGAGAGAGAGAGAGAGAGAGAGAGAGAGAGGGAAAACCCAAUUUUACUGACAAAUAGUUUUUAGCUUUUCAAUGUAUCCUCAUUGUAAAUUAUCGUCUUUAUACUUUUCUUCCGACUUAGGAUACUUAAUUAGUUAGGAUAAAAGAGACAAAAACCUUAUAUAAUAGGAAUUCUAUUUAUAUAAAUAAUAAGACUUAUAUAAAAAGUUAAGAAAUUGCAAUUUCUGUUUCUAUUCUUAUAAUAUAUUGCCUGAGUUGACUAUACAUAAUUUAACUUUGAUUAAAUGGCGGUUUAUAUAAAAACGGCAAACAUUUAAGUAUUUAUUAUUAGGCUUAACAAACAUUUGUAUAAAUCUAGCGCUUUAAUCCUCUUCUUUAUCCUUUGAAAGACUUGUUAAAAUUGAAGUUCUGGUUGAAAGUAUUUUUUUUAUAACGAAAAAUUGUAUGGAGAAAGUAACAAUUUAUUACGUUAUUUAUAAGUGAUAGCCUUCGGGCCUAGGAAUAAUAAAAUCUUUUAAAUCUUUCAUUAAUAUUCUUAUGAAAAGCUUAUAGGUUUUUCCUUCUCAACUUUAGAAAGUCUUUUUAGAAAAAUUUCUAACAAUUAAUCACUUUAUUUCUUCUUCUUUUUUUUUAAUAGAACAUCCAUGUCAGCUAAUAUGCCAGAAAUACAAGAAAUAACAACCUAUUCACACUGCAAAAUUGGUUCAAUAUACUGGAAUAAUCCAAGAAAUACAACGUUAAAAUUGACAUUUCAAAUUCGCCGUGGAAAUUAUAAAACAUGUAUCGAAUUGAAUCCGAACUACCUUCGAAAGAUGUUCAUAGAAUAUUCAGAUGAUAAAGUUCAACGAUUUAAAAAUCGUAUAAAAUGUUUUAAAGAUGGAGAUAACCAUCGAUCAUUGAUAUAUUUUUAUCCAAAUGCUGUUUUGUCACCUUCAGUUAUUCAUAUAAAAUUUCGAAGAUAUUAAAAUAACAGUCUAUUUUUGACUUUCUAACUUUUACUUUUUUUUUUAAAUAUAACCACACAAUUCUUAUCUUUUUUACCAAAAAGAAGUUUACCUUAAAUGAAUGAGUAACAUGUGAAGAAAAACAAGAAGCUACUUAAGAAAAACCAAGAAAAUUGUAUUUUAUUAAAAAGAUAAUAGUAUUGUUAAUAAAACAUAUGUCAAUAAAUUUAUAUUUGGUAUCUUUGAAAACGACAUCUAGAGGGUAAAUCAUGAAUGAAAAGUAUAAUAAAAAAAAGAAAUAUCAUAAGAAGUGUAAAUAAUAAUUCUUUGCUGCUUACUUUAAUCGACGAUAUUUCUUUUACUGCUCUAGUAGAAUGGGAAAUUCGCAAAGAGUACUAGGUUUACCCUUUUUAUUGCGAAACCUCUACCGGUUUGAAAUGUUAUGGUUUUUUUUCUUUUCUUUUUCCAAUUGAGUAAUAACCGUGUUUACUUUUUGGUUCUUCGAUACCUGUUUUAUAGAUAUAUACAAAUCAAUCUUUAAUAAAUUGUUGAUUAACCAUCAGCCUAAGUUCUAAUUUAUUUUAAAUUAUUUAAAAGAUGAUAAAGCCAUCUAAAAUUAUAUACAAUAAAGAACCGUUACCCUCGAAUGUUUGAGCAGAAAUUAUUUAUAUAAACGGGAAGGUUGAAGAUAUCGGUUGUCAUAGGGAAAAUAGUAAAUUGACCGAAUCGCAUAAUUUUUUGUCAUCAAAGAGAAGUUUCUUGGUGAAAGCAGGGUAUUUUUUCGUUAAUGUUAUAACUGAACUAUAUUUAGCCGGUUGGAUUAGAUAUUUAACUGCUAUCAAAGACGUCACGGAAUUUCCACACGAAGAGUAUAAAUACGGUUAAUAAUUCAAGUUGAUCUCAAAACCAAAUUUACUAUCAAACAGAGAGGGUUAUAUAACCGACCAUUAACAAACUGUUUUAGACAUAUUAAUUUAUCUCAGAAUUAUGAAUAUGAUUUUUCAAUUAUUGUCUUUUCUUCUAUUUCUUCAACAAGUUCUUCUUGUUCCUAUUGGAAAUAGUUCAGAUUGUCUUGAUCCGCCUAAUUUAAAAGGAAAACUCAUUCAAUAUCGUCUAGAAAAUGAACCCUAUCCCACUACACACAGUGAAAGACAUUCGGCUAAUUUUGGCAAUCUCUUGAAGGAUAUUGGCGAAAAUUCUACUUGUCCUGCCUCUCUUAACGAAUUAAUUGAAACGCUACGAAUUAAGAAAGCUUUAUACAAAUCUUUAGGAAGUAAUAAUUUCGAUACAAAAGUUUCAACCUGCCCAACUUAUCCCGCAGUUAGUUUUAAUAAGAAUCGAUAUCCAAAGGCAAUUAAGCAAGUUAUGUGCCGUUGUACAUCUUCCGAAGGAAGUGGGUGUCUUAGAAAGAACGGGAGAACCAAUUUAAGAUUCGAGUGCGUACCUGUAGUUGCAAAAAUAUUGGUUCUAAAUAAGAUAGGCUGUAAAGGUCAUUACGCUGAAUACGUUCCGGAAUGGGAAGAACAAAGAAUCGGAUGUAGCUGUCGUGCCUCCUCACUCUUUGCUUAUAUAGGAAACAACUAAAGGUAAAAAGUCAAAAUGAAGAAAUAUUGUUUUAAUAUUUCUAGUCUUGUCAUAUACAGUAUAUAUUAAUAUUUAUGAAUAUUUAUGAUUUAUAUGUUACUCUCUCGUAAAAUGCUAUAUUUUAUUGUUAUAAUGAAUACAACUAUAAACAAAAUGUGAU